AUGGUGCAUCUCGAUGUAAGUGUGUGUGUUUGUGCGGAUUCCGGUUUGGGCGGGACUUCUGUGUGAACCUGCUUGUGUUUAUUCACCCAAAUCUAUGAGCGCUUCAGGAAAGCACCUCCUGGGUCUAAUUUAUGAAAACCAGUCUUCUGCGCUUCAGGAUCAACAUCCAUAUCUUCCGGAGCUGACAGACUGCUGAUAGUUUUGAAAACAAUGAAUUUCGCUGCUGCUGGUGAGCAACAGGCUCAGUGCAGACAGGAAGCUGUACUCACUGCACCCCAAACUCCGCGUACAGAUAUAUUUGUAUAGAUCCUAAACAGUCCCGGGUUUCACAGACCCCGCCCCUACAGUUUCUCGUGGACGGCCGUGAAAUGCACCCGCACGCACGAAUCGCCUCUCGUCGUCGCAUAGCAACGGCGCCAAACAACAUGGCGACUCCGCGGGAGGAGGAGGCGGCGCGCUACUUGCGGGAUCACCGAAUAGACGACCUCUUACACAGUUUAACUAGCAUGCUGUUUUUCCACAGACCGGAACGACCGCGGGAGUUUCUGAUCGAACAGCUGGAGCUGUUGAAGGCUUCCAGGCGCGGGGAGGCGCCGUGCCCUUGCCUCUUCGACGCCCCCAGUUUGGACGUGCUGUUCGGUAUACUGGACCCCACCGGCCGUGGGCACAUCAGUGCGGCCCAGUACAGGGCGGCUUUAACUACUUUAGGAGUCAAGGACUUUGAUGAGUCUCCCGAAGGUGCCUCCACAGACCAGAUAUCUCGAGAGACCUUCAAGACGGAGGCGCGAGAAGGUUUAUUAAAAAGCUCGACAACCUUUAAAGCCUUGUGAACACAUGUGUUUGUGCUUUUGUCUGUUUUACAAUGUAUCCAAAAUUAUAUUUAAAAGAAACUGGUUUUAAAUAGUCCCUUAACCACUAUGAACCUAAAAUACAGGAGAUGGCUGAGAUGUUUUACGGGUGAUGUGGAUGCAUUUUUUUUUUGGAGGGGGGGGGUGGUGGAUUUUAGGUACAGACUCCUGACAUUUAAGAUGGGCAAGCUCUUUUUUUCCAGCUGUAAUUAAUGAUAUUUAAUAAUUCUUUCUUCUCCAUGUACAUGUUAUGAUGUAUAUCUCCAGCAGCUGCAUAGCUCGAUCCUAUAAGGUUUGGUUAGUAAGUUUUGUGGCAGAACCAUUUAAAGUAGUAUGAUGGCCGAUUGUCACUACACGAGAGAAACGUAUAUGUUUAUUACAUACAUGAAUGUGAAGAGGAGGCUGAGACAAGCCGGCUGGUUUGCAAUUAGUGUCGGACACAGUGAAGCUGCCGAAACAGAAUUUACCGCAGAUCAAAUGCAAGUUCGAAUGCACCAGUAUCUUAUUUUAAUGUUACUUCGUCUGACAAAUUGUGAAACUUUAGUGCCUGACAAAUUGUAUAUGUUGUUCUCGUAGAAGGGAAAUUGUAUGCAUAAUUAAAACUGCAUUCGUUUUGGGGCUGUUGUAAAGAAACCAUGCAGAAACAAAAUAUUUUCCUGACGUUAAUUACAUUGUACAAUGUAAAAGCCACGGGUAAUACCCAUUUCUGAGUAAUAAAAGUGAAUUUUAAUUAUUUA